AUGUGGCGUCUUUGCGGAUGUAGGGCAGCUUUAUUUCCGGUCUGUUCCACCGCCACGGGGCGACGGUAUCUGGGAACCAGCAAGGACCCGCAUCAUCGCUCCGGGCACGGGGAAAGUGCUGUGACUGGUAGUAGCGUGGGUGACAAUUCCCCGAGUGCGAAGUCUACGCCCGGUGUUGGUCAGCCGAACGCGGGCGAGGAUAAGAAGAUGCCCUCAGGUACGCCUUCUCAGUUCAUUGCCACCACAGAAGUUUCUACACGCACCGGUGUGCGCUGGUUGGAUGUGGCCGGACGGUCCCAUUUAUGGGCCGAUGAUUCUUUUUCAGGAGAAGGCGAGUUUUUGGCCCAUGCUAUGGAGGCCCUUCGUGGAGGAAAACUUCCACCCGACAUGAUGCCCAAAGUUUGCCAUAACACGCGGGCCUUACCAUUUGUUCACAUUGAAAAAAAGUGGGCAUCUUUGACCUUGCGCUACGCGCGACAGCAUCCACGUUGGUUUUCAAUGCUUUUGCAUGAUAAUGUAAAGGACUUUUGCGCGACCGAAUCAAGUGGCACGCAGCGGGCAAAGUACUCCAAGUUGCAAGAGAUCGGUGAGGAUGAGGAGGAGACUCCGCACUUUAGCGAUGAGGACGGGGCUAAGGUGCGUUGUGGUCAAAUAAAUUCACUGGAAGGGGAGAGUGCUCAAAGUGGGAUGUCGUCCCAAGUUAAUAUGGUGGAGUUGACGUAUCGCCUGCACAUCUUCUUAUUUAAGGAAUGUAGGGCCCCGACGGAGUACGGCGGAAAGGCGAGUACGCCGUAUUUAAACCUUCAGCAGGCGGAAACGGUUUUUCAAGUGGGCGGAGGCGACACUAAAUUGAAUCCACUUGCCGGGCAAUGGCGGAUAGUUACAGUACACCGGUAUCGUAUGCCGUUUCUCGAACAGCUGUUGAGUCAGUGGGCGACAAGUGGACUGCGCGGAGGUACAUGGAUUGGCAUCGUACAAAGGCUCGUUCAUGGCGCCACUUUGAGUAUACAAAGCCUGGAUUACAAAUAUGCGGAACGCAUUGAUGAAGUUGAAAUGUUUUUGUUUGACUCUUCUGCGAACAUGAAUGAUCUUACUACGAUUCUUGCGCAGUUGCAUGUUAUUAAUCGACGAUCAAAGAUUCACGCCAACUUUCUUCGUGAAACCCAACGCAGCUACACGAAGCUUUUGAGUGCGUUAAACGUGCCUGUGGAAUUGGAGGACCAGAGAGAGAUUCUCUACCUUUCCAAUGCCCUGUCGCUUGCUGAUGAACUGCAUAAUCAGUCUCGUUCCCUUCUCGUUCUUCAGUUUUAUGCCGCGGCGUACAUGCUGGAGGAUCAUCUCCGUAUUUUGACACUCUUCACAACUUUCUUUAUCCCACUCGAAUUAAUCACAUCUUGGUUCGGGACAAAUUUUGUCAGUCUGGAACAUUUUGUGGAGGGUGAAUGGGGUUUGCCCAUUGCCGGGGUCAUGCUAGUGGUAACUGCAAUUAUCACAAGUGUGUGGAUGCGUCGUCAUGUGGUGGCGGGGGGUGAAAAAAAAAAAACUCCUCUGCCCCAUUUAUUCUCCCCCCCCCCCACCAUUUUUGUGUGUGUGUUUUUUUUUCUUUCUUUCUUUUACUGUGUGAAAUUCUCUUUUGUUUCUUGA